GAAAAGCUGACUAUACUUAGAGUACGAGUGUGUGUGAAAUGGAGUGAUGUGGGGUUAAAGCGGUGCUCAGAUUACAAACAGAUAUUCAGAAAUGAAGGGCUCAUCCAAACUCCUCUGUGGGCUCCUCAUGUCAUGCUUGUGUUUCGGAGCCACAGGUUCAAAAGAGGAGUUAUCUAUCAUACAUAGCCCAGCCAACAACAUUACAGUGAAUGAGGGAGAUUCUGCACAAAUCACCUGCUGCUGGACUAAAGUCAACAGUUUAAUUAAAGCUGUUUGGUUUAAGAAUGAGAAAAGAGUUCCUGCUGAAAAACAGCAACUCAAAGAGAACUGUUCUACACUAAACAUCACAAAAAUAACUAGAAAUGAUAUAGGAGAUUAUCUUUGUAAAGUGUAUCAAGAUAUUCCAUACCUGAUUGUAUUAGAGGGAAACAGAACCACUAUAACUAUCAAAGAAGGACAAGUAAACACCUACGCAACAACUACAGUCAAUGUUAAUUCAGUUUCGCUACCAACCACAACUGCUGCAACAGCGAGUUCUGGACCCUCACACAAACCCCCAGAUCCGCCCCUGACCCUGCCUUUGUCCCUGGCCGCAGCCAUCGGCCUGUUGACCUUAUGUUUGGCCUUCAGCAUGUGUAAGAUAAGGAACUCCUGUAAAAAUUCAGAACGAAUGGUCAUACAUCAGAUGCCACACAGUGAGGGGGAGGAGCAUGAAAACAUGGAGGUGGAGGAGGUGAGCACAAACUCCUCCCGAGGAUCACUACAAUGGUAUCAAGUCCCUGUUUAUUGGUCUUACUUUGAUGUACAGACGGGUGAAGAGCAAUGUCAACCAGAAUAGAAAAAGGACAAGCUUCUGUUCAUUUAUUCAAUGAAUUUGAUAUUUUCUUAUGUUUGUUUCAAUCUCUGGCAGCUGGAAGAAUGUCUAUGUAAAUACCAAAGACUGUUUUAUCUUCAGAAGUGAACAGAUACAUUGGAAACCCUUUGAGCUCUUGAGCUGCACUUGAUCAUCAGAUUUUAAUCUGGCUGUGUGUUGCAGCUCGGUUGUGUUUUGAAAUAGAAACGCAGGCGGUGGUUGUUCAUUUGUUGUUGUAAUUUUCUGUUUGUUACAGGUUUGUUAAAACUUUAUAAAAAAAAAGAUUAAAUAGCUGAACAUGAUGUUUCAAACCAAAAUAGAAAGCAACUUAGAAAGGUGUAUUGUAGCUAUUUAUCACAUGACAAAAGAGCACUUGCUAAAGUUUAAUAGACAUGUAAUUCUGUGUCAAACAUUGUUACAGUUUGGAUGCUUGAGCCACACUUAAAAUGUUUGAAAAUCAUUGCAUUAAAUAAACAAUUAAAUCUUCAAACAAAUGAUACUAGAGCUUUUCUUAGAACUAAUCUUUUUUAGUGGAUGUAUAGAAUAACCACAGGUGUAGUUCAUCACAUUAACUAUGAAG